AUGCGUAUUAAAAUUCAAACCAACAAUCCUUUACCUCCACUUAAAGCCUGGUAUGCAACAAACUCGCUUGAAGGACCCAAUCCAACUAUUGCCGACUUGAAAAAGCAGAUCUGCACGAAUGUCGAAGGCAUUCGAGCGGCCAUGAAAGGCAAAACGGCUCAGUUAGCUCUUACCCUUGAUGACUUUGAGCUUUUGGAUGCAUCGCCUCUGGAUGUUCUGCGAGACGGUGACUUGAUUGUAAUUGGAUUCAACUUGGCUGAGGAACAAGCUGCUUCGAGCCAUCUGGGCAAGCGAAAGCGCUCUUCGUCAGUGAAGACUCCCUUGAAAUCUGCGAGCAAGCGGAAACCGCCACCGUCACCCAGCACCAGCUCGAGUUCCUCGGAUUCGUCGGAUUCCGACUCUGAAAGCACGAAAACUGAAUCCGACAGCGACUCCAGCGACUCUGAUUCUGAUUCGUCCGUUGACGAGCCUCCAUCAAUCAGGAAAAAUGCUAAACCUACACCUCCCCCGCAACCGGCAACCUCUAGGGGACCGCUCACCGCGAAACUGGCGCCCACGAACAACGUCCCGCCGGGACAGGGCCUUCCAAGGACACAGAAUCGUAACAAACGACGGAGAGUCAAGCGUCAGGCCGAACGCCAGUCAACAUCUGCACCGCCGCCACCACCUGGUGCAUCCUCGGUGAAUACCUUACCUAUACCCACAAAAAGGCCGGUAGCCGAUGUAGUCUACGCCCUCAACAAUGCGUUUUCCACUAAUGACCAGAGUGGAACACUGCAACCAGGGGACCUUGCAGCAAUCUCUUCGGAUCAGGCAACUGGGCAUCAAAUAGCCAUCACGAUGAGCUCUCUCAAAAACAAAAACAAGAAAAAGGGCUUUAAAAACGCGUCGAAUCGACCUAUUCCUCAGAAAAUUGUUUUUAGCGAUGUCGCGAAUUCGAAGGACGACGUGGAGAUGGCAAUUGUGGAUAAUAUCUUGCACACGGAAAAGAGACCUUUGCCGAGGGUCAUCCCUCCCUCGGAGAAGCAGGCUCGUGGAGAACUACCGCCAAACAUGUUCGUAACAAGCGUGGAUGUUGAAGCAGAGGAAUGGGCGCGAGAUGACAAGCCGCGGCCACACCACGAGGAGCUGCAAGAGCUGCCCUACGGUGACCCGGAUCCCCCAGCCGCUCAACCUCAACCUCGAGGUCGUUUCGACUGGGCAGCAGCAGAAAUCAAGUUAAGUCAGGGGAAGAGUAUCACAUCACAUGAAGAUCUGUGUAUUGGUAUGCACAUCGGGAAAACGGACCUCGGUAUAAAUCCUGUGACUUUCACACCCGAAUUCCUCUUGACCGUCGCGCGGAUAACCGCCACAAUACCAAACGUUCUAGCGAAGCUACUUAUACGACCGGGGACGGCCGAUAUAUCGUUCUCAAAGGCUGCGAAAUUCGCCGUUGACGAAGUUGAAGAAGUCGUCGAAGAAAUAGACGAAGAAGGGGAAGAAUUGACAUUUACUUCGGGAGAGAUGUCGGAGUGGAGAAUCCUGGAUAUUUGA